AACAUACUGAUGUGAAAUAAAAUAAUGAUGCGAUAAUUGUCGCCGGAAAGUUUUGAUAUCCGGUUUUCAGAGCUUUUAUAAUGCCGUGUGAAAAUAAUCAGCUUGCCGGAAAGUGAAUUGAAUGAAAUAAUAAAUAUCAAAAAGAUGAAUAAAAUUCCAAAAUAUAUUCCCCUUGCGAAAAUGAGAAACGAAAAAAUAUUCAAAUGAAGUUAAAUUAAAAUGCAAAUUGUGAAAUUAAAGAACGUAAAAGAAGAAGUAAAAGUUUCAAGUGUGUAAGAAUUUUACGAAAAAUAUUCUUAAGAAAAAGAAUUGUAAGUGAGUUGAGUUUCAAUCACGCCUACGCCUUAGCACUUUUCCUGUGGAUUAAAUUUCUAAAGGAUAAAUCAAAAAAAGGAUACACAUUGAAUUUAUGCCGAAGCUAUUUCAAGAUGCGACAGAGUUAGCAAGCAACAAAAGAAUUAAGAGUAGAAAGGAUAUCUUUUCUUCUUCACACCAUGCUUUAAAUAUACCGUUUUUGUAUACGGUUAGAUAAACAAGUGUAAAAUGGAAAGGAAAACGUCGAAAAAAAAGUGAAUGCAUGAAUUUAAAUAUUUGUAGAUUUGUCGUUGUGCGCGCGAUGAAAUACCAUUGUGGAAAAUAUUACUGAUAGCAGUGAACAGUUGACAAAAGAAAGAAAAAAAGUUUAUUUAAAAACAUCACAAAAGCAAAAGUCAGGAUACAUAGCAGACAAGUGUUAUUUAAAAUGCAUCUGCAUUUGCAUCACACCAGAAAACAAAAAAGAAACAUGAAGUUAAAAAAAUAAGAGAAAAAGAAUAAAAAAAAACAACAAAUUACCAGAGAGGGAUAUGCAUAAUUAAAACUUACAUUCAUUCUGAAAUAAUUGUACCUUGUAAUUUUGGAAAGUUAAACAACAGCAAAAACUAUCCUUUAAAGAAAAUAUGCUCCUAAAAUGUGCGUUUACAAUGUGCUAAUAGUUUUUGCAGUCCUCUGUGUAACAAAAAGCAUCAAUUGCGUCGAUUGGACAUUAAAUUGUUCCACAAGCUGCCAUUGUAAAUGGAUUAAUGGAAAGAAGUCAGCUUUGUGCAAUGCACUUAGUCUCACUCAAAUACCUAGCAAUCUAUCAACGGAAGUUCAAGUGCUAAUGUUGAAUGAAAAUAAUCUGCAGACCCUUAACCGGGAAGAGUUUACAACGCUCGGACUAAUUAAUCUACAGAAAAUUUACUUGAAAAAGUCCAAUAUCAAAUAUUUGCACAGAGAAACAUUUAAGAACCUGAAGAUUCUUGUUGAGUUGGAUUUAAGUGAGAAUUUAAUUGAGCAGCUGGAUAAACAAACUUUUUCUGGCAACGAUAGACUUAGGAUAUUAUACUUGUACAGCAAUCCAAUUAAAAUUCUUAUAGCAGACCAGUUUCCGGUACUGCCCUACUUAAGAACCAUUGACUUGCACAACUGCGAAAUAAGCAGUAUCGAUGAAACAUCAUUUUCAAACAUUGAUUUAUUAGAAUAUUUGAAUUUAAAACAAAACUCCCUACGAACUCUUCCGGGUAAUGUCUUUACCCAUAUGAAGAAUUUGAAAACUCUACUCAUCGAUGAUAAUCCUUGGCAAUGUGAUUGUAAAUUGAAAAAGUUUCGUAAUUGGUAUGUGGAGAACAAUCUCAAUAGGAUAAGUCUACUAUGUAAGUCGCCGUUUAGUCUAAUAGACCAACAUUGGGAAAAUAUACAUGAAGAUGCCUUUGGCUGUGCUCCAACAUUGAAAAUAUUGAAGGAGGAUUUACAGACGAGUGAUUUAGAGUCGAAUAUUACGUUCAACUGCUUUGCAACGGGCGAUCCACGCCCGACAAUAAGUUGGCGAUUAGACGACAAAGAAGUCGAUAAUGAAAAUGUUGUUAUUGAUAAGGAUGAUUCUCAAGCACAAGUUUCAUCACUUUCCAUCGAUCAACAGCCUAUAAAUGGUAAAAUAUGGAGUAAUUUAUCAAUUUACAAUGUAACAACUUUAAAUGCUGGAUUUUAUACAUGCUUUGCUCGUAAUGAUUUAGGCUUUGCUAGUCAAAAUAUCAGCCUAAUAUUACCCGAAGUCGUUGACCAUGUGCUUAUAAAAAAUUCUGACACUUUCUGGUACUUUGGUCUCAUAAUGGGAAUUUUUGGAACGAUUGGAUCAUUUAUGUUGAUAUCUUUUAUAUUUUGCGUAUGUCGUAAAUUAACGACGCGAAGGCGAACAAAAAAGAAUAUUAAUAGAAGCGUAAGCUUUAAUGACCAAGAGAAAAAGUUAUUAGAUCUGAGUAUUACCACCACCAACGAUCGUGACAGAGAAUAUAGUGAAAUUCUGAAUACACCAUCAUCAGCUAUGGCAAACAACAAAACAGAUUCAUCGAUAAUAGCUUUAGAGCCUGUACAAAUAACCAUCGAGAACUUCCAUCAUCCUCACAAUUUACAGCAUCAUUUGCAACAUCAUCGUAGAGUGGGAGACGAGUUUCCAUUAAACAUAAGUCUAUUUCCACCACCUCCACCUGAAUUUUGCACAUCAACGUCGCAGUCUACGAUGAUGACAACGACUUCAGGAGCACUACCGUCAUCAACAAAUGGUCAAUUAUACCAGCAGCAUAAUAACAAUCACCACCUGAGGCACAACAAUCAACAUUUACCGUUGACCACAAACAAACCACCAUUUGGAAAUAUUUUCAUCUCUGUCUCGUUAACACAAGACCCAUUGGAAAGCGACUUGAACAUGUACCCAGAUUUAUUAAAUAUCGUCCCAAAUCGAUUAAAAAAUUCUUGCACAACGAAUAAUAUUUCAUCGCAAACAUCCUCAUUGUGUUCAACGCCCCCUCCUCCAGCUAUAUCAACAUCUCAAAUCGUUCCCAUCAACAUUGAGUCCUAUGCAACGUUGCCAAGAAACAAGCUUUUAAAUUCGUCCUUAAUGAAGGCACCUGUGUCAAUAUUAAAGCAAACGAAGAAAAAUUAUGAUAAAAAAGUGACGUCAUUAGAAAGUGACGAUAGUGGGUCGACGACGGGUGAUUUGAGAAGAAGCGGAAGUAAUAGUGACAUAAGCACCAAAUGUAUUUCAUGCAGUUUGAAAAAUGAUAAUAUGGGAUUAAGAGUAACAGCAUCGGGUAACAGUAUUCUAUCUAUUCCUGAUGAAGAACUUGAAGAUGAUGUUGAUGAUGAUGGUGAGACAUCAAGUCAUCCAUCAGAAUCAAGAACUCAAAAUUCGACAGAAAGGGAUCAGCAAGUAACGAAUCAUCAUUUCACAUCAGCAUCAUAUCAUCAUAAUCAGUCACCACCAGAACAAUUAUCACCUCCACCUCCUCCAAAGAAUCAAGCACCAUCAGCAGCUUUACUGAUGCCAAACGAUUUCGUUUCACUUUAG